ACUUGCCACCCAAUUCUCCAUUUACUUCCUCUGCUGUAAAGAUGUUCAGUAUGGGGAAAAUGAAUGAUCAAUACCUGCCUUUAUUCCUUGCCUCUUGUUUCUUCUUCAUUUCUCAUUCUCAAACUUCCUCUAAUACUUCCUCUCAACAUCAUUGCCUCCCUGACCAAAGUGCUCAUUUGCUGCAACUAAGGCAAGAAUUUGUUGAAAAGAGAAUGUAUUCUGAUUACUAUAACGAUUCUUAUCCAAAGAUGAAGUCUUGGAAGGCAGAUAGCGAUUGUUGUUCCUGGGAUGGGGUCACAUGCGAUACACAGAAUGGUGAGGUGAUUGGCUUAGACCUGAGCAACAGUUGGCUUUAUGGGCCUCUUAACUCUAAUAGCAGUCUCUUCAGUUUGCGUCACCUUCGGAAACUCAACCUUGACUCCAACAACUUCUCUUCCUCCAGCACAAUCCCAUCUGAAUUUGGCCAGCUUGUAAGGUUGACGUAUCUCAACCUAUCUUAUUCCUUCUUACAUGGCCGCAUCCCAUCGGAAAUUUCAUGGCUAUCCAAUUUGGUUUCACUUGAUCUCUCUAACAAUUAUUUUGAAUACUUUGUUGGUGGUGAUUUCUAUUAUAAAUUGUUGGAUCUCAGAAGAAUUCAUCUUGAAGCACUUGUCCAGAACAUGACAUAUUUGAGAGAACUUCAUCUAGGCAAAGUGAACAUUUCAUCAUCGCUACCUCAAUCACUGGCAAAUUUGUCUUCCUUGACUUCUCUUACUCUGUUUGACUGCAAUUUGCAGGGUAAAUUUCCCUCAAAUAUUUUCUUGUUGCCCAAGAUACAGGCCAUUGAUCUGUCACAUAACUAUGAACUCAUUGGUUUUCUUCCCAAAUUUCUAUAUCGCAGUUCCCUAAAGAAAUUGCAUCUUCGUGCAACAAAUUUUUCUGGGGAAUUUCCCAAUUCAAUGGUCAACCUUGGGUCUUUAAAUGUUUUGGAUCUUUCCGAAACAAAUUUAUUUGGGGAAUUGCCCAAUUCAAUCGGCAACCUCAAGUCCUUGAAUUAUUUGGAUCUUGAUUCAAAUAAUUUUUCAGGGGCAAUUCCACCUUCAAUUGGAAACCUAUCACAGCUUACUCAUCUUUGCCUCUCAUAUAACAAUUUCCAUGGUCAGCUUCCUUCCACAUUUGGAAACCUUGCAAAACUUUCUUCUCUGGAACUUGAUAAUAUCCUUUUCAAUCAAGAAGUACCAUCUUUCCUUAGAAAUCUUACUCAACUUGAACAACUAAGCCUUUCAAAUAACAAAUUCGGCGGCAUCUUCCCGAUUUGGCUAACAAAUAUUACUAAACUCAGUUUUAUAUAUCUCUCAAGAAAUCAGUUGAAAGGGCCAAUCCCAUCUGAAAUAAGCAGACUUCCUAAUUUGUUUGCCCUUAGAUUGUCACAAAACUCACUCACAGAGGCCAUUCCCUCAAAUUUGUUUACAAUCCCUUCAUUGUCUAUACUAGUUCUAGAUCAAAAUCAGCUUACUGGCCCGCUCAAAUUCCAAAAUAUCUCUUCAUCACCAUUAUCUGAAUUGAUAUUGAGUGAAAACAAAUUGAAUGCAUCGAUUCCAAGAUCAAUAGCCAAUUUCACUAAGCUACAAGUGCUACAUCUUUCUUCGACCAACCUAAAGGGCAAGGUGGAUUUAAACAUUUUCUUGGAGCUUAAAGAGCUUCGUGAACUCCGUCUUUCAGGUAACAAAGUAUUUGUUUCAAAAGCAAAUAUCAAUUCAACCCUCCCCAAAUUUUCAGAUUUGCGGUUGUCUUCUUGCAAUUUGCCUGAAUUUCCUGAUUUUCUAAAAGCCCAAAAUGAAUUGCGAAUUUUAGACCUUUCCAACAAUAACAUUAAAGGUAAAAUACCUAAUUGGUUUUGGAAUGUUGGAAAAGAGACAUUGAUUUUUCUAAAUCUUUCUUUUAACCUUUUAAGCGAAUUUGAGCAACCGCCAUUAGUUCUUCCAUGGAAAAACAUGCAAACUUUAGACUUGAGUUCUAACAUGUUGCAAGAGUCAUUUCCGAUUCUUCCAUUGUCAACAAUUUAUUUUUUUGCCUCAAAAAAUAAUUUGACUGGAGGUAUCCCGCCAAUGAUUUGUAAGGUGCGUGCUCUACAAAUUCUUGAUGUGUCAAAUAACCAAUUGAUUGGUCAGAUUCCACAAUGUUUGCUUAACUUAAGCAAAUCUCUUGAAGUAUUGGUUAUGAGAAAUAACCACUUCCAAGGAAACUUGCCUGAAAUGUUCAUAAAUGGAUGUAGUUUGAAGACACUGGACUUGAAUCACAAUCAAAUACAAGGGCAGAUUCCACGAUCCUUAGUUGAAUGUCAAAUGCUUGAUGAUUUGAAUCUUGGAAAUAACAAAUUGAAUGAUACAUUCCCUUUCUGGUUGGUGUCUUUACCAGAGUUAAAGAUUCUUGUCUUGCGAGCAAAUGGAUUCUACGGUCCUAUAUGGGAUCCUCAUAUAAAUUUCAGCUUAUCCAAGCUCCAUGUCAUUGACCUCUCUCAUAACAAUUUUUCUGGCAAGUUACCAUCCGAGUACUUUCAAAACUGGAGUGCAAUCCUACAGUUCACUGGCAAAGACAAAUCACAACCAAGGUACAUGGGAGGUGACUCCAGUUAUUACAAAGACUCAGUGACUAUAGUGAGUAAAGGACAAGAAAUGGAAUUGGUAAAAAUUUUGACCAUCUUCACAGCUAUUGAUCUCUCUAACAAUAGUUUUUAUGGAGAGAUCCCAAAUAGCGUGGGGAACCUCAAGGCACUAAUCGUACUCAAUUUAUCAGGUAAUAACUUUACGAGCCAUAUCCCAUCAUCACUGGGAAACCUAAGUGAGCUUGAAUCUUUGGAUCUUUCUCGAAAUAAUCUCUUUGGUGAAAUCCCUCAGCAGCUAACAAGUCUCACAUUUCUUGAGUAUUUAAACCUCUCUCAAAAUCAACUUACUGGUCCAAUUCCACAAGGUGGGCAGUUUUUGACCUUUCAAGGUUCCUCUUUCGAGGGAAACUCUGGAUUGUGUGGCUUUCAAUUGUCAAAAAAAUGUGGCAAUAAUGAGAUACCCCCAACUUCUAAAAUGAAACAUGAAUCAUCAUUGGGAGAAGGAUUUGGUUGGAAAGUGGUAGUGAUUGGAUAUGCUUGUGGAUUGGUAAUUGGAUUGCUUACCGGACAUGUUGUCACCUCAAGAAGGAUGGAUUGGAUAGUGAGAAAUUUUGGAGUGAACUUACGUAGGUGAAGAUUAAGGUUGUGUUUGGCAUUGGCUUAAAAAGCCAGCUUUUUUUACCAUUUAAGUU